AAUAAAGGCGCCCGAUCUACUGUCCAAUGCUAUUUGGGGAUUCGUGCGCCUUUCUCUGGGAUAACGGGUUAGAAAUCAAACGUCUCCACCGACAAACAGCCGCUACACAGAUGACUGGGAAUGUUAACAUCGCGGCCCGUUUAUUUACAUAUUCGUUCCGACCCAAAUGUUGUAAAUUCAAGUUUUUGGGGUGUCAUUGAUGUUUGUAUCCAAGAGAGACUAAAACAAAUCUAUCCCUUCAUCUGCACACGGAUACUGCGAAGCCUGUAAAACAACAAUUGGAUAAUAGCGGAUUUGCUCAGCCUGGCAAAUACAUAAUUGAUGGCGUGUGCCAAGAGGCCAUCAUUGCAGGGGCCGGUGCCUCCCCCUCGCAAGAAGACGAGCCCCAAACCUGAGCUGACUGAGGAACAAAAACAGGAGAUCAGGGAGGCCUUUGAGCUUUUUGACGCCGAUGGCGCUGGAUACAUCGAUGUUAAGGAACUCAAGGUUGCCAUGAGAGCUCUGGGUUUUGAACCCAAGAAAGAAGAGAUCAAGAAGAUGAUUGGUGAAGUGGACAAGGAUGGCACAGGGAAGAUCUCCUUGAGUGAUUUCCUCGGUGUGAUGACACAGAAGAUGGCCGAGAAGGAUUCUAAAGAGGAGAUACUGAAAGCAUUCCGUCUGUUUGAUGAUGACGAGACUGGGAGGAUCUCCUUCAAGAAUCUCAAGAGAGUCGCGAAGGAGCUCGGAGAAAACCUCACCGAUGAAGAGCUGCAGGAAAUGAUUGAGGAGGCGGACAGAGAUGGCGAUGGAGAAGUGAACCAGCAAGAGUUCCUAAGGAUUAUGAAAAAAACCUGCCUGUACUGAUGGUAAUGUAUGGUUUUACAAAGAAAGCUGCCUAUAGAGUUGAUCCCCUCUUAAAUGUCCCAUUUCAUAGCAUUACAUUAGGUCAAGAGGUGAAUUGUGUUAGAUCUUAUCAAGAAGUCUAUUAAUGACUAAGAUGCUCUUGUUCAGAAUGCUGCAUACUUUUGUGAAGAUUAUACCGUACAGUCAUCAUUGGGGAGGGAAGGAAAAAAAAUUCAGUGCCUGCUUUAAUACAGUUCACACAGCUCAUUCCGACAGGUUAUGUGAUAUUUACAUUGUCUAUUCUUGAACGAUUGUCCAUCAGUCCGAACAGUUUAUUCUUUAACCUAAAAUGGUAUUACUAUCUUGAGUUUCCACUUGAUUUUAUAAACUCAAAGUGACAUGUUCAAAUUCCAUGAAUAUGCUUUCUUGACCACCAUUAUAGUUCUAAAUGAUGUAUGCCCUGCUGUUUCUAGUUUUGCUGUGGUCUGUAUUUUUCAAUGUUCCUAUAUUGUAGAGUGCAUUAAAAAAGAUCCAAGAAUA